AUGUCAGCGUCUGGGGAACCGGUGACGUUACCCGAUUCCUCAGCAGCGAGGAUGUCGCCGCCCUCGACAGCGCACGAACCGGCUAUUACCGACCUGUGCAGUUGGUCAGCCGUAGCUGGCGUUCUGGCGCGAACCGCUGUGCAACCUCUGGAUACCAUUCGGGCGCGCGUGAUGGUCUCCAGUAAGCCGCUCUCGAUCUGGGAGACGUUGCAGCGAGCGGGCACCGAGUCGUGUGCCCGGUACCACCGUCGCCUGGGCCGCUUUGGGGCUUUUGUUCGUUCGCUCUACCGCGGCUACACAAUUAGCGUGCUGGUGCAGGCACCAGCAGUGGCAACUUACCUUACAGUAUACGAAAAAACCAAGUUCGCACUUGCCGAGUUCGAGGCAGCGAGUCGCACAUCGCCGCAUCGACGACCGCUCAUAGAUCUAUCCGCCAGCAGCCCCUGGAAUCACCUCUGCUCGGGGCUGGCGGCAGAGACUGUGAGCGCUGUUUUCUGGACACCAAUGGAAGUGAUGAAACAACGCGCUCAAGUAGCGACUUGUGAUGCGGAUGCGACUUUACGAACAUUAGCGCGCCGUCUCUGGACAGAGGAAGGUGCACGUGCCCUUUUUCGCGGGUACCUGCUCACCAUCGGUGUGUUCGGCCCAUACGCGAUGCUUUACUUUGUAACCUAUGAACGGCUAAAGCGGUGGUGGUCGCGAUUUCUCACGAAAUCCGAGUCACUGCCAUCGUGGAGCAUCCUUGCGAGCGCUGCGGCGAGCGGAGCAGUCGCCGCUGCCUGUACCACACCGCUCGACGUCCUGAAGACCCGGUUGCAGACGACGCGGUUGGCCGCAGGAGAACGCCUCAGUCUCUGGCGAAUGGCGAGCGCACUCGUUCGAGAACAGGGUUACCAAGCGCUGCUCCGAGGUCUGGGUCCGCGAGUUCUAUGGAUCGUACCGAACACCGCCAUAACCAUGACGGCUUUUGAGUACUUCAAAGCCCAGGCCAGCUCCCGCACGGUUUCCACUGCAUCACUGGAAGGGGUCGCGUCGUGA